UCCAGGAUGCCGUCUGUGGGCACAGGGUCGGUGGACAUCCGGUCCAUCAUCAGCAGCAUCGUGAACGUCAUCAAAAGUCGUGCAAAUGUCGUGUGCACGGCGCCUUGUGACGGAGCUAUACUCAAGCUGCAUUACAGAUUCACAUUCUUCGUCCUCAUCGGCGGCUUUUUCACAGUUUGGUACCAGUGGUACCAUCGGGAUGUGAUCACUUGCGUCUCGCACUUCAAUGCUGACACGCAAGUUCGAUUGGACUACAUAAACAUAUGUUUAUCGUAUCCCUACGUAGAAAUUAAAGAAGAAGGAAAUAAAGAAAAUCCUAGACGACGUUAUCUUCUAUUCUACAGAUGGGUGACUUGGUCUUUCUUGGUCUUGGCUGGCAUUUAUUACAUACCUAGAAAAGUUUCUAAAAACUUUGAAAAUCCCAAAUGUAAGAAACUCAUCGAAGAAGUCGCUGCCCAUAGCUUCAAGGUUGAAGUAGAGCAGCAAAUCAUCGAGAAAAUUGCAUGCUACAUGAUUCCCAACCUGAAGACACACAAUGGCCUUUACAUUAAGUACGUUCUAAUAAACAUUCUGGCUCUUUUCAUCGACAUUUUCGCUCUUAAUUACUUUGAUUUCUUGCUGCAAGGUAGGUUCAUUCGCUACGGCAUUGAAGCCUGGCCUUUCGAACGGGAUCCUAAAGGCUUCACUGAUUACGUAUCUCAAACUUUCCCUCCAUUUGCUAAAUGUAACCUCAACGAAGCAAACGAACUCGUGUCGAAAAGGUCCGAACUCUUCGGUUGUCAUCUCACAAUGAUGGAACUGUACGAGAAAGUCUUCCUCAUGCUGUGGGUUUGGCUUAUCGUACUCAUUUUCCUUACUAGUGCAUACAUCGUCAUGCUUUUCCUUGCCUUCAUUCCCAAGUUUCGGGAGCUGUGGCUUAGGAGUGCAAAGCCCAUAUUCGCUCCUGAGAGAACGCGUACUCUCAUAUCUAAGGCCAACGAAAACAUGCGCACUGGAGACGUGUAUCUUCUUUACCGAUUUAAGGGUCACUUGAGUCACGCCAAGUUUUACUCUUUGCUAAGUCGAUUAGCCGACCCCAAGUUAAACGAUAAAGUUAAGCCUGAAGACACAACUCUUUUGGAUACAAAAACUUUUCCACAAGGAAGCAAUAGCGCUAAAGGCAUUGGCAUCUACCCUAGUGCAAGCGACACUAGAAACAGGAAAGCUCCAAUGCCUCCACAGAACGUGCAACCUCCAAUGAACCCUGAAUAUAUUAAAGGAUUGUUCAGCAACCCAGAAACCUUAGCGCGACACGGGCAAAUUGCACCAAACGACAUGGCGCAGACUAGACCUCUUUUAUCUAAUAGUAAGAAUAAUACAAGUAUACUCAUCGAAUGAUCUUAUGCCCUUAAAGAAGUGGCUCGAGUAUGUAUGACUUGUGAAUUGUUGUUCAAGAGGUUUCAGUGAUACAGGAUGCCAAGCAGUUGGGGUGAGCUUCAAACGACUGUCUAAUGGUGGGCUAAUUUUUUUCAAUUCACAACGGAUCUCCUUUGAAAGUUCACUCGCUGCAUUUAGUCAAAGAAUUAAUUGCAUCACUGUCUGCUUUUAGAUUAUAACAAGGAAUCGUUCAUCACUCGGCUGUUAUGGCAAACUGUCAUUGCGAGCAGCACUGACUCAACAGUGCAAUUGCAAGACUGGUGGCUUCUGAAGUACAUGUUUUUUUAACCGCCAUGUUAUUGCUGGAGAACAUGAUAGCCUCAAAAAUUGGAUUGUCUCCAAGUGUCACAGAAAUCCAUUUGAUUUAAUUUUCUAGAAUAUUAUUGCUGGAAUUGGAAUCUUAAUUUUAUAGACAGGAACUUUUAACGUUGUAUGUGCUUGUUUUAUUGAUUCGUCAAUUUUGUCAAGUUGGCUUAGAGGUAUUAAGACUUGUUGAGCUUUUUUACAUACAUCAUAACAAUUUAAAUUGUUUACAAUUUGUGUGUGAUAAUUGUGAUAGUUUAUCAAAUAGUGAUACUAGUGUUUUUCAGAAAAUGAGCUAAAGUAUUGUAAAAAAAACAAGAUUAGCUUAAUCUAUCAAUAGUUGAAUAUUAGAUGUUUUGAUAAAUAACUGAUGGCAUUCCUGUUCCGCUAACGUUCGCUACAAAUGUGUUCACUACAAAAAAUGUGUUUUACUUGCUGAAUUUUACUAAUUUAUGUGAGAUAUUCCACAUGACGCCAUUUUAUUUUAUAGCGCCCUGAUGCUAGUCUGUCAGAAAAGAAGACUUAGAGUUUACGUUCUAUUGAAUAAAAAAUUAAAAGGACAUCCAAAUCAUCGAAAAGUCUUCAGUGCAUAUGAUGGCUAGAAAUAAAUAUGAUGGCGAGAAAUAAAUAUUGAGUGUUGUGGGUUUCACUUAAUUGAGCUGAACGUAGCCGUGAAAUAAUUUUACAGUAAUUGCGAUGCUCGAUGAAGUUAUUGAAAAAUAGUUUAAAAUGGUGUGAAAAUGUAUAUACAUAAAUCUCUAUGACAAAUUUAAGUUAAUGUUUGAAAAUUUGUGGGGUACUGCGGAAAUAAUAAAAAUAUUGUUCGUGUUCGACUAGAAAAGAAAUGAAGAGCAAAAAGCAAUAAUAUAUCACAAGAAAUGAAUGUGAAGUUUAUUGAUGGAACUUUUAAAAACACCGUGGGUUCAGUGCCACGAGUGAUGGUGGGCUCAGUAAACCGAGUGAUGGUAGCGACUUUCUUACAGUCUUUCUGAUCUCUGAAGUUACUAAACUUCUUAAUUAAGCUAAGAAUUUCAUUGAUGUUUCUUGUGUUUACCGUUGCAUAUGCUCUUGGAGUAAGAUGAUGUUAAUGAAAGUACCCAGGAGUUCCGCACUUACAUUAGUGCUGCUCUUAUUAUGUGCAAGCGGGUUAAUAUAACAUUCAUGACAACAUCGUGCCAGUAAAUAUUAAUAUGGUUUAAUUGAAAAAAUUUAUGCGACAUUAAAUGUGAUAAUACCUGGAUUUAAGAUAGGCAUUGGAAGGCGAGACUGCAAGUAGCUUUCAAAUUUGUCCUGGAAUCAAUCGUCAAAUCUUCGUUGGGUAAAAUUAAUUACUUUUAAAUCUGCGAUACGUUGUAAGAUGGUAAUUUAUAUGAAAUAAAUUUGUGUCCCGCACCAUAUGUCUCGUUGUAAACUAGAAAGUCUCACUUUGAUGUCCUAGGCCCAUCAUAAGUUGAAGAAUCAACAAUUGAUGUCGUUGUGUUAUUCACUUAUAUGUACAUAAUUCAUGAAUGCAAAUUUAGCUGGCAAAUAUUUAGCUUUUGCUUUAGCAAAUUUAGCUAAAAUUUAGCAAAAGCUAAUUUAGCUAGCAUAUUUGUUUAGCUAGGAACUAAACUAAUUUUAUUGAGGUUUUCUUUCAAUUUGAACCUUUCAAGUUCAUUUUUCCAAACGAAAUGCAUUCCUGCUGAAUUACCUUUUUGGUGAACGCCAUAUCGUCCAUAUUUUUAGCUGAAAAUGUAUCGUGUCUAUUAAAUAGGCUUUGUUUAAAUUGUUUGUGGCGCGGCACGAUAUUUUGUGCACAUACGAGUGUUCUUGAAACUCACAUAAAUUUGUACUAACGCUUUGGAGAAAAUUAUUAUUCAACGAAAACUCAGUCUUCACUUGGCUUAAUAGCAAUGUUAUUUUUUGUGUUCCAAUUCCGAAAUUGAUUAUUGUAUCGUCAGCACAUUGAAAGGGUUGAGUGAAAAUUCCUUCUGAUGAAUGCGUUGUCCGUAGUUGCAACCAACACGUUCUACAAAACUAAAGCCAGUUGUUCCUGGAAAAAUAAAAUAGUGACUGCUCAAUCACAAUUUUUAACUAUUUUCAGUUUCAUAAGCGGGGAUUUUAAGGCUGGAUGGUCGCAGAACUUAUUUAAUUUUGUUGUACGAUGUGCCAAAGGAAUAACCUGUUCACUGCGGUCACAGCUUCGUGAUAGACAAGUUGUGGAAAGAGCUUUCUCUUCACAGCCAUUAACAAAGGAAGAUUACUAGUAUUACGUUUUUUACAUUUUUAAGUGGAACCACGUUUUACGCUAAUGUGUAAUUGUUCAUUUAGUCUUAUUGUAAGUUUUUUUUAGAAAUAAAAUUGUCAUUUCAAAA